GCUAUGUUGAUGACAAGCAGAUGGUAUCAAUCAAAAAGGAUGUCGUUGUUCAUAAUCUGCAUUAUUAUUUUAUUAGCAUGUAAUGUCACAGUUAACGGAGUUCUAGAUGAGCAAGGAGACAUAUAUGCUACAAGAGAAUCUAUAAUGCAGUACAUAGAGCGCGGUUUAGAGGAAGCACUAAAAGAAGAUAAAGGCACAGGAUGUGAGAUCCCAGAGCUGGAUCCUUUUGCGCCUGAGAUCAUGAAGUUUGAUAAGAAACUGCCACAAAUCGUGUGCGACGGCCAUGAUUGGGUCAGGUGUUACCAUGACGAAUGCAAAGCGACAACACUAGCUUUAACGUCGAUUAUGAACAUAACGUGCCUGUACUACGACAUGAUAUAUGAGACCGAUCGACAUUACUACAUCUCUUCUAAGCCCACGCAAGUGACUAGCAACGGCACUUACUGGCUUGAAGCUUCGGAUCAUGUUAUAGUGAAUUGUACUGGAACUUAUAUUACGAAUAAUUUCCCAUCGAAUUGGUCGGGUAUACUCACCGGAUUUCGGUCGACCGUAAUUCCUCCGCUGCCCCCACCUGGCAGAGAAGACACCCUGAAUGUGCUAUUCUUCGGGUUCGACUCCACAGCUCGAAAUGGUUUUAUCAGGAAAAUGCCCGAGAGCUACAAGUAUUUGAAAGACGAUUUAAACGCCACUUUCUUGACUGGGUACAACAUAGUCGGAGAUGGAACUCCGGCAUCACUGUUCCCCAUCCUCACCGGCAAGACUGAACUAGAGUUGCCGGAAGCCAGAAAGUCUAUGGGCAAUAACUUUAUCGAUCACACCAACUUUAUUUUCCAUAGAGUCAAGCAAGAUGGGUACCGAACGGCGUAUUUCGAAAACCACCCUUCCACAGGCACGUUCCAGUAUCGCUUCAAUGGCUUUGCCAAACAGCCUGCUGAUCACUACCUACGCGUCUACUGUCUCGAAGUGGAUAAAAUGUGGAAGAAAAGAAAUCACACCAAAUUCUGCGUUGGUGAUACCCCGCAAUAUAAGCUUAUUAUGAAUAUCACUGAACAGUUCUUCAAACUGGACGCCAAGAAGUUCUGCUUCACGUUCAUAGGGGACAUAUGUCACGACGACUUCAACCAGAUCACCUCUGCGGACAAGGACUUCGUUAACUUCCUGCACAAGUUCAAAGAAGAUGGACUGCUUCAGAAUACGUUGCUGUUUGUUUUUGGAGACCACGGACCUAGAUACCUGAACACCCGAGCCACCUACCAAGGCAAACUGGAAGAGCGUCUACCACUGAUGGGAAUAGUUUUACCAGAAAAACUACUAGCAGUGCGACCAGAUGUAAAGGCGGCUUUACAAUCAAACAUCGAUGUUCUGACGACGCCUCACGACGUUUAUGCAACGGUAUUGGACGCGAUUGGAAUGACGGAACAUUGGAACCCCUUUAAGGUUAAAGGCGCCGAUUUACCUAGAGGCAUGACGUUGUUCGAGCCGAUUCCUCGCAACAGAUCUUGCAGUGAAGCGGCAGUAGAGGCCCACUGGUGUACGUGCCACCGCUGGACCACGAUCCCGCCGUCCGAUCCCAUGUACCGUCGUGCUGCUGAUGCUUUGGUUAACCACAUUAAUUCGCUCACGGAAUCCAUCAGAGCGCAGUGCGCCCCGCGGGCCUUGACAAAUGUGUCCUACGUGUCGCAGCGCGCGCCCAACAAACGCAUGCUGGCGUUCGCGGGCACGCGCGACGCCGACGGAUACAUGGGCAAGUUCAGAGACGAUGACUGGGACAAAAAGACCGCCAUCUACCAGCUGCAGUUGGAUGUGUCACCCGGUACGGGAACAUACGAAGCUUCAAUAACGUACAUAAAGGCUGACGACAAAUUUGUCGUCAACACGCGAGACAUAUCUCGCAUCAACGCGUACCGGGACCAGCCUAGCUGCAUCAGCGAUCGCUUCCCCCAUCUCAAUAAAUAUUGCUAUUGCAAUAACCACACUGGAGACUGAAAACGAUUAGGACUCUCAUAAUUAAUUAUUCGCAAUUUGUUGUGUUGCACAAUUUUGCUGCAAAAUUUACUAAAUUUCAGUUUCGCUACAUUUCUUCUUUCAAAAUUCGAUUUUUUUGUUUUAACGAUUUACUUGUUUGUGCAAUAUCGUCCUAGAACUCAGGUGCUAAGGUAUUUUAAGCCUCCAUUGUGUUUCUCUCAUAAAGUAUUCACUUUAGACUAUGGUAAUUUAUUUACACUAUGGUGUAAUUGAAGCAUUGCAAUUGGGAACAACAAGGGCGUUCGGCACCCAAAGCCCGUUUUGAUAUUAUUGCAUCAAAACAUAACACUAUCUAGUAUCUUGUGACAAAAAGUCAUAUCGACCUCCCUUCUAGAUGGCGUAAGUUUCAUUCAUUUAAAAGGUGGCGCUCCGCCCAUGUGGCAUAGAUUAUAAAUGUGUGUUUGAAUUUCGGACACGUUACCACUAGCAGGUUGUAAAAACUUAUUUUAAUAUAAAAAAAUGUCUGAAACGUCUGACUUCAUCCUCAACGUGAAGUAUCUAGGAGGCCAGUGAGACCAGCUGAAGAUGAUACUGUCCAUUCAUUUCAAUAACUUUUAAAAUUUCCUUAAAAACCAAUAAUAAAACGAACGCCCCAUUAAUUUACCGGUUUAAUGGAACAAGGGCAGAUAACACAAGGAAAAAAAAACAUUUUCAAAUGUUUCUAAUCGUUUUAAUCUAAUAAUAACAUCUGAAUCCUUUAGCUAAAUCAUAGAACAAAUAAAUAAUAAAGUAUAUUAGGUCGCGAGAAGCCGAUGGAUGCGGGCAGCGCAUGACCGAUCGUC